AUGAUAACCCUUUCGACAUGCAUGAGUAAGUACAAUUUAAUGCAUUUGUCAUGAUAGUUUCGCGUCAGUCACAUGUGAGAAUAAUUCCAGCUUCAAAUUCGGGUACUCCGAAUUCCUGUCGUAACACACAGACACGUUUCUCAAUUGGCAAGCAAACUUAGUGCUGUAUGUGUAAAAUAACGCUAAUAUGAAUUGAUUUUAAAUGGUACGCCAAAGAGAAAAUGAUGUCUGAAGUUCAGUAUAAGUUUUGCUCGUAUAUUGCUGUAAACAUUGGCGUCACUUUUAAAGCAUCGUUGUUAAUUGUAGUUCAUUUUACUUUUCAGGUUGGAAGGAGGAAACCCGCGCUUGGGCGGACAAGGAUUUUUUUACCUGCACAUUUUUAUUUUUGAGCCCGAUUUUUUUCAUACUCACUCGUCGUCAGGACGCAAGAUUUCAGAGACAAGGAGACGAGAAGAGCCCAGCUCGUCUGCCUUCAUUUCAAAACUCGCACAUCAUCCAAAAUUUGAGUGUCUGCAUGAAAACAUGCUUAGGCCUCUCUUAGGGCUAGUUUAGGAUGAUAUGAGAAACGAGCGUGAUGACCUCGUCAGAUUGAGGUAGUUAGGACUCAAUGCGUGAGAUAAACGCUUAGCCAGCCCCCUCAGUAUCUACCCCAAAACAUGUUCGCACAUUUUAUUUUUGUUCAAUGCUCAAUGUGGAGCACUCGUGAAAAAGAAGAAGACUGUGGACGAAGAUUCACAAGGUAUUGUAUUGUGUUAUAUAUAUUUAUAUUUAUCAUUCAGGGUUUCUAAAAAAAGCUAGUGACCCUCUAGAAAGUUAGCAGAUUAGUUUUGUCUUAACCACACAAUUACACUAUACUUAAGUUCUUUGUAUGUUUGCAUGGUGAUAAAAUAUAAUAGGUUUUGUUUGUGGAAACACCACGUAAAUUUAUUACUGCAAAGCUUUCGAUCCGUAAGCCCGGAUCUUCAUCAGUGCUAAUAAUAUGAAUAUUGUUAGCACUGAUGAAGAUCCGGGCUUACGGAUCGAAAGCUUUGCAGUAAUAAAUUUACGUGGUGUUUCCACAAACAAAACCUAUUACACUAUACUUAUUCAUGUUUUAUUUUGUUGUUUUAGAAAACGGAAGCCUUUAUGAUGGGAUGUCUCUUACGAAUGCGAAUGCAAGUUGGCGUAAGCUGAUGAGACUGAUGGCUCGAGCAUUUCCCCAGAGGUUUGCACCGGGUGCUCCAGUUUUUAGUCAUCACCACAGAUUGUCUCUGGGUAAUCCAGAUUUAAAUAAACACUACAAAUUUACACAGAGUAGCCCGGAUUUAGUCGAGCAUCGCAGAUUGUCUCUGGGUACUCCAGAUUGUAACAAACAUCACAGAUUUUCGCCGGGUACUCCGGAUUAA